CUCGCAGCUGCAGGCCACGGCCGAGGGGCGGGGCGGCCGGGAGGAACCUCGUUCUGCAGCGGGAGGGAGAUCCGCCGCGGAGUUACGGGAAAGUUGGUCCGAGUUCCCGGGAGUUUCCCGGUGCGGUCCCCCGCGUUCGGCCGGCUGCUCCCAGGCUCCUCUCCUCCCUGCGGCCUUCACGGUCCACUCGGCCCCUCUUUCUGCCACCGGCCGCCAUGGAGCAGCCGCCGGCGCCCAAGAGUAAGCUAAAAAAGCUGAGUGAAGACAGUUUGACUAAGCAGCCUGAAGAAGUUUUUGAUGUAUUGGAGAAGCUCGGAGAAGGGUCUUAUGGAAGUGUUUUUAAAGCAAUACACAAGGAAUCUGGUCAAGUCGUUGCAAUUAAACAAGUACCCGUUGAGUCAGAUCUUCAGGAAAUAAUCAAAGAGAUUUCCAUAAUGCAGCAAUGUGACAGUCCCUAUGUUGUGAAGUACUACGGCAGCUACUUUAAGAAUACAGACCUCUGGAUUGUGAUGGAGUACUGUGGAGCGGGGUCCGUUUCAGACAUAAUUAGAUUACGGAACAAGACAUUAACAGAAGAUGAAAUUGCAACUAUUCUAAAAUCCACAUUAAAAGGAUUAGAAUAUUUGCAUUUUAUGAGGAAAAUACACAGAGAUAUAAAAGCUGGAAAUAUUCUCCUCAAUACAGAAGGACAUGCAAAGCUUGCAGAUUUUGGAGUGGCUGGCCAAUUAACAGAUACGAUGGCAAAGCGCAAUACUGUAAUAGGAACCCCGUUUUGGAUGGCUCCUGAGGUAAUUCAAGAAAUAGGUUACAACUGUGUGGCUGACAUCUGGUCCCUUGGCAUUACUUCUAUAGAAAUGGCAGAAGGAAAGCCUCCUUAUGCUGAUAUACAUCCAAUGAGGGCUAUUUUUAUGAUUCCCACAAACCCGCCACCGACAUUCAGGAAGCCUGAGCUGUGGUCCGACGACUUCACGGAUUUCGUUAAGAAGUGCUUAGUGAAGAGCCCCGAGCAGAGAGCCACUGCAACACAGCUGUUACAGCAUCCAUUUAUCAAGAAUGCAAAACCCGUGUCAAUAUUAAGAGACCUGAUCACAGAAGCCAUGGAAAUAAAAGCCAAAAGGCACGAAGAGCAGCAGCGGGAACUGGAGGAGGAGGAGGAGAACUCGGAUGAAGAUGAGCUGGAUUCGCACACUAUGGUGAAGACGAGCUCAGAAAGCGUGGGCACGAUGAGGGCCACCAGCACCAUGAGUGAAGGGGCCCAGACGAUGAUUGAACAUAACAGCACCAUGUUGGAGUCGGACCUGGGGACCAUGGUUAUAAACAGUGAGGAUGAGGAAGAAGAAGAUGGAACCAUGAAAAGAAAUGCUACAUCACCCCAAGUACAAAGACCGUCUUUCAUGGACUACUUUGAUAAGCAGGACUUCAAGAACAAGAGUCAUGAAAAUUGUGAUCAGAGCAUGCGUGAGCCCUGCCCAACGUCAAACAAUGUUUUCCCUGAUAACUGGAGAGUUCCUCAAGAUGGGGACUUCGACUUUUUAAAAAAUCUAAGUUUAGAAGAACUACAAAUGCGGCUGAAAGCGCUGGACCCCAUGAUGGAACGAGAAAUAGAAGAGCUGCAUCAAAGAUACAGUGCGAAGAGGCAGCCCAUCCUGGAUGCCAUGGAUGCAAAGAAGAGGAGGCAGCAGAACUUCUGACAGGUUCCCUCUGCCUUGGCGUGACUGGAGACCAAGCAGCCACCGAACUGAAGGAAUCGUACUACUGCUUAAUCUCUAAAGUGUAUAUUCUACAACUUUGCAAAAGUCAAAAAUGAUGGCACACACCUAGAUAAAAAUCCCCACGGCAAACU